ACACAUAUAGAUUAUACAAUUACGAUGCACACAUUGUUAUACUGAAAUUGCUCAGAUUUCAAUUUUUGAAGAUUUUAAGAUCUAAAUGCAACACUUUAACGUUUCUUCGAUUACUUUAAUUUUCUAUACUCUUAGAUGCACUUUUGAUCAGGCUCAUUGUUUUCAACAAACGUCGUAAUGUUGACGCAUCGAUGCAUACUCUAAGUAGGCAUCUCAACUCAACGAAUUACGCGUUCUUGCCGAAAUAAGUGAAGAAAUUUGAAAUACUGUUUAUCAAUAUUACAAACUAGUUCAUCGCUAUGCCUGCGUAUCAUUCAAGUUUCGUAGGAAAUAAUGAAAACAUUGGUAACAUGGCGCUCUUGCCAAUUCGAACUCAUUUUAGAGGUCCCGCACCUCCGUUCAAUAGUAAGGAUUUAGAUAUAAUCGAUGAAGCAUUAUACUUUUUCAAAGCAAAUGUAUUCUUUAGAAUAUAUGAAAUAAAGAGUGAAGCGGAUCGAGUUUUAAUUUAUAUUACAUUGUAUAUAACUGAAUGUUUAAAGAGGCUACAGAAAUGUGCUACUCAAGCUCAAGCAACAAAUGAAAUGUAUUCUCUGGCUAUUUCUAAAUUUGAUAUUCCCGGAGACCCUGGAUUUCCUUUGAACUCUGUUUACGCCAAACCCAGUAAUCCCAUGGAAGCAGACACUAUGAGACAGUAUCUUCAACAAAUAAGACAAGAAACAGGUGUCAGGCUAGUAGAAAAAGUAUACGGAGAGGAUGGAAAACCUAGUAAAUGGUGGUUGUGCUUUGCAAAAAAGAAGUUCAUGGAUAAAUCUUUGUCUGGUCCUGGACAAUAAAAUCGUUGUCUUUUAACGCGAAUAUAGAACAUACGCAAUGUAUAAAUACAAAACUUAAUAUGAAAAGAAUAAGUUUCAACAUCUUAUUAAAUGUAAAAGAGGAACCACAAAAACGUGUACCCUGAAAAGUAAUUACACUUGUUGUGCACUUUA